AUCUGAUAGAAUCCAGUACACAGAUAUGGUGCAGUCCACCCACAUAGGAGAACCACCACUGGUGGCAGAUCCCCCAUCCCCACCCACACCUCCCUCCGUCUGGUAGCUACCAUUCACAAGUGAGGGGUGGAGAAGAGAGGGGAGGUGAUCCCAUCCAUCCAUCCAUCCAUCCAUCCACCACAAAUCUUGUGCUCACUGUGGCAGAAUUGCAGUGCACUGGACUGUACAGAGUACCAUCCAAGGCUGGUAGUCUGUGAGGGGUGGGGUUCGGCCACACUGAUACCACCGAAGACCAGAAGCUCACAGAGGAAGAACACGGAGAGGCGGAAAAAGACAGGCGAACAUAAGGAGGGAGCGAGAGAGAGAAGAGGGGGGAAGAUUGCACCUGAAGAGGAAUAUCAUACGGGAUGAAAGGAGACACCCCAGUGAACAGCACCAUGAGUGUCGGCCAAGCCAGGAAGCUGGUGGAGCAGCUGAAGAUCGAGGCUAGUUUCUGUAGGAUAAAGGUAUCGAAGGCAGCGGCCGACCUGAUGGCGUACUGCGACGCGCACGCCUGCGACGACCCCCUGAUCACCCCGGUGCCCACCUCAGAAAACCCUUUCAGGGAGAAGAAAUUCUUCUGUGCUCUGCUUUGAGACAAAUCAGGGAUUGUCAUUGAUUCAAAGUACAACUGUACAGUAUGUACAUGUAUGUGCAGCGCUUACGUGUACUUCCAACUCAAACAAGACGUCGGUGUACUAUAGUAGCCUCACAUUGAAGAAAAAAAAAAGCUGCCAAUGUACAGUUAAGGAUCAUCUACAAUAUGUCUUGAUCUAAAUUUCUUGAAUCUGGCAAAUUUCUGCGAAGGGACAAAAAAGGAUUUGAGUCAAAAAUGUGAACAUCUUAUUAAUGAAGAUGCUAUAAAUUCUUAGAGAAAAAGCUGUCAUCUGAUUUCAAACACGUACAUCUCAUGCUCGAAGAAGCUACAAGUAACUGCUAAAAUGGACAAAAUAUUCAUCCAGUAUUAUUUUUCGAAUUGUUGUAACACUUUCAACAAGGAGAUAAGACGUCAUAAUUCAGUUUAUAGCUUUCCGUGGUACAAUAUGUUCAGAAAUGAUAGGUGAAGUUUGACAUUUAUCCCCUAAAAAUGAGCUUUUCUUUAGUGAAUUCUCAUGUAUGCUGAUGAUAAUGAGCUUUUUCUACCAGAAGGUCAAGCUAAAUGUUUUGGUAUUUUGGCAGUUACUUGUACCAGUUGAAGACAACAGCUGUUUAUGAACGUCAACAUAUAAUUUAUCAGUUUUGUCAAGAUUUAAUGGUACACUCAUUUAUAGUAUCGCCGUGGCGUGGAUGUUGAAGUGUAUGUGUGUGUGUGUGUGUGUAAGGCUAGGUACUACUGUGAUAGCUAAGCAACAAGUCCAAGUAUUUGAGCACUGUAAAUUGGAGAUUUUAUACUUCGAUAUCACGCCAACCCUAUUGCGGCUUAUUCCAGUGAUUAUUUAAGGACAUUUGAUGUGAACUCGAAGAAGCGAAAAUCAGCCAUUACAUUAACUGUCGUGUAUGAAUAAUUUUCUAUUUCUGUAGAGCACAAACUAGCUUCAGCAGUUACGACGUACUUUUGCAGACAGGUGUGUGUGUGGCCAUCUAGAUGAGAGAAGUUCCUGUGCAGAGAGCCCGCCUCUUCCAAAAUGUUUUUAAUGGUGUUCAUUUAACAGGCUACUUGUGUUUUAAAUCCCUGCUUAAA